AUGCAAGGGUUUUUCAUCUUCGCCUUGAGUGUUCCUCAUCAGUAUGUCUUUGUGAAUGAGCCCAAGACUUGGGCAGAAGCUCAGAGAUACUAUAAUAGACACAGUGACUUUGAUUUGGCCUGGAUUGGACUCUACGAUGACCUGAACAGUUGGAAAUGGAACCUAGAGAACAGUGAUUUCUUUAAUAUGGGAGAGAAAGACUUCAGGAACUGGAAUAAGCCAGAACCAGACAAUUCUGGAGGACAACAUCUAUGUGUGUAUAUGAAUAAUGGGUUAUGGUAUACAUCACACUGUUCCUAUAAAGAACAUUUUAUCUGCUAUGAUGGAAGACAGGAUGCCAGUGCAAGUUAUGUUUGGGUUGAACAGUACAAAACCUGGACUGAAGCUUACUGCAGAGAAUAUCACACAGACCUCAUCAGUAUCAGAAAUGAGAUUGAAAUUCAGAAAAUCCAGGAUAUAUUUCAGAAUUAUUAUGCUUUGAAUGCUUGGAUUGGACUGUACAGAACCAGAUCUUGGUCAGAUCAGAGAAACUCUUCAUUCAGUAACUGGAGGACAGGACAGCCAGAUAAUGCUGGAAACAGUCAAUACUGCACUGCAGUGUCAUUUAGUGAAUCUGGAAGCUGGACAGAUGAAAACUGCAACUUUGCAUUACCUUUCAUCUGCUACAGUGUGUCAUCUUUGGGAUCUUCCCAUCAGUAUCACUUUGUGUCUGAGUCUAAAACCUGGACUGAAGCUCAGAGAUACUGCAGACAGAAUUACUCUGAUCUGGCCACCAUUGAUAACAUGGAGGAAAUGAACAGGCUGAUUAACACAGUUAAUGGGAGUUACAGUGGUUCAGCCUGGAUUGGACUGUAUGAUGAUGUGAACAGCUGGAGAUGGACAAUGAUUUCUAUCAGGAAGGAGAAAGAGAUUUCGGAAACUUCUAUCAUGAACCAGACAACUAUGGUGGGAAUGAACUGUGUGUUUACAUGCAUUAUGAUGGAAACUGGUUUGAUAUGGCAUGCGACAACAUAUGGCAAGCCGAAUUGA